AUGGCAUAUGAGAAGGUCGUAUCAACUGAAAUCGCUCGGUUUGUAAAUGCAGAAGAUAAAUAUGUGUGCGCGCUCGACGCUAAAUCGAUUGCGAAAGCCCAGAAGGAGUUAAACGAGAAUCCAAAGGAAAGGCGGGCAAUAGUUGAUCAACUUCGGAAAUGGAUUAUAGAACAACCCCAUUUCAAAUUCCCGACUGACACACUUGUCUUAUUGAUGUUCCUAAGAAGGAGUGCAUUCAGCCAGCUUGAAGCCAGAGCUCUCAUUGAGAAUUAUGUUGCUGUAUGCUGUACGAAGUUGACAUUUUUGGCUAAAGACAUCGACCUGCAUAGUAGUGGUUUAAAUGCAGCACUUGAAAUAGGUAUAGUUACCCCACUUCCGGUGCCUGAUGAUGAGGGGAGGCGAAUAAUCAUCAUAAGACCAGGCGGAAUAAAAGCAGACCAGGGAUAUAAAAACCAUGAUGUUUUCAAGAUGUUUCAUGCAAUUAUGACGUAUUUUGUGCAGCUUGACGAGGCAACGCAGGUCAAUGGCAUAGUUGUGAUGGAUGAUCAAACGAACAUCACACCAAAAACAUUGGCAUUUUCUGGGUUGGAUAACUUGAUAAAAUUUUUUAGUUUCUUCAUGAACAAGUACCCUGUGCGAAUGAAAGGUUGGCAUUUUUACAAUGCUGCAGCAGUGGCCCAGACGUUGAUGAGUGCAAUAAUGCCCUUCCUGCCCCAGAAGAUUCGCGAGAGGAUGUUCUUACAUGGGAAUAACAUGGAGGAUGUGUAUAAACAUAUCCCAAUGAGACUGCUGCCCUCAGAAUAUCUCCCUGAUGACUAUACUGGGCCUUGUCAAGGAUCACUAUUCAAGAUUCAGGCUAGCUACAAAGAGGCGUUGCAGAACAAAGCCGUGCGGGAUAAAAUAUGGAAUAUUACGUCAUCAGGCAUGAUGUAUAACGAGUCUAAGAAACCAGGUGAUCUUGGACCACAGGCCUCAUUCAGAAAACUCAAUUUGGACUAAUAAUGACUAACGUAUGCAUCU